UAAUCCGAUUGGAGCCCACCGAAAAUGAAAAGAAUAUCUGCUAAUAUAGAUACAUACAAACCCAUAUAUCUAAACACCAUAGAUUCUUCCGAUUAUUAUUCUUUUCUUUUCUUAAACAAAGAAAAAAAAAGUUUACAGCUUUAUUUUGCAUCAACAACAAGAGGUUCAGGAUCUUCAAGUUUGUGUUUGUUAAGGAUGGCUUCAAAGAGGAUCUUGAAAGAACUCAAGGAUCUUCAAAAAGAUCCUCCUACCUCUUGCAGUGCAGGUCCGGUGGCAGAAGACAUGUUUCAUUGGCAAGCAACCAUUAUGGGUCCUCCAGACAGUCCAUAUUCGGGAGGAGUGUUUCUAGUUACUAUUCAUUUCCCUCCAGAUUAUCCAUUUAAGCCACCUAAGGUGGCUUUCAGGACAAAGGUUUUCCACCCAAAUAUCAACAGCAACGGCAGCAUUUGUCUUGAUAUUUUGAAGGAACAGUGGAGCCCAGCUCUUACGAUCUCCAAGGUUUUGCUGUCGAUAUGCUCCUUGUUAACGGACCCAAACCCAGAUGACCCGCUGGUACCUGAGAUUGCUCACAUGUACAAGACGGACAGGAGCAAGUACGAGACAACGGCUAGGAGCUGGACCCAAAAGUAUGCCAUGGGGUAGCUGCUAUGUGAGCUGAGGAAGGAAAAGGUCCUUCCCCUUAUGGUUUAUGCUUUUUUGUUUUAUAAAAUGUAAUGAAUGUAAAAUCUGCUAAUUAAGCUAAGUGUCUGUUGUAAGACUUAAAAUGGGAAUGCCAACAAAGUCCCUCCUAUGCUUUCAUUUAUUAUGGGAAAGUUUUCUUUUCAA